CACAGGCUUUCUGGUAAACGAACAGCUACUUAUGUAAGUGAACUCAACUGUACACAACCCUUUUAGAUCCCAUCCAAUCUCAUAUCCUCCUACCAAUAUGUUGAUUCCACCACCAACUCCGUCUCAAUUGCCGUCACUUUAAACCGCCGCUAAUGUCAUCACCCUCCGAACCAUUUCGUUGGCACUACGCCGAGUUCGACGACAGCAACUUCCAAAUUCGCGGCCGCACUCUGUUUUUCAUACUCGUCCUCUUUUCAAUCAUCCUCUUAGUCACUCUCCUAUUCCUUUACGCCAGGUGGGUCUGUCGAUACCGCCUUCGUCCUCCUCAGCCUUCCGCUUCCCACUUGGUCCACGUGCCGCCGCCGCCGCCUCAGCCACAGCAGGGGCUGGACUCAACCGCAAUUAACAACCUCCCGAUUGUUUCGUACAUGGGAUCGGGAUCGAGUCCUGGGAAUUUUGUUGAUUCAGAGUGUUGUAUUUGCUUAGGCAUUUUUCAAGAUGGAGAUGAAGUAAAAGUGCUGCCUCGCUGUCACCACUGCUUUCACUCGGACUGCGUGGAUAAGUGGCUCACGACUCAGUCGAGUUGCCCGCUUUGUCGUGCUUCUCUCCGAGUUGACUCUGCUGUUUGACUCGUUUGUUUUAUUUAUUUUGUAUUUCUUAUUUUCACCUCCAUCAAAAUAGGGGUAUUUUGUGCAGAUUAUUUCCACUAAUAACCAUUGCGACAUAUAUUCCUAAAAUGGAUUUUAUAAAUUUGAUUGCGAUCU